AUGAAGAAGAAGGUUCUCCUCAUGGGCGCGUCGGGGAGUGGAAAGACGUCCAUGCGUUCACUCAUCUUCUCCAACAACCACGCGUCCCUCACCUCUCGUCUUGGAGCCACAAUAGACGUUGAGCAGAACCAUCUGCGCUUCCUUGGCGACCUCAUCCUCAACCUCUGGGACUGCGGAGGGCAAGAUGCGUUUAUGGACUCUUACCUCUCUACACAACAAGGAACCAUCUUCCAGCACGUCGGAGUGAUGAUCUACGUGUUCGAGGUCGAGACUCGGAAUCUGGAGAAGGAUCUGGAGUACUACAAGUCCUGUCUAGGUGCGCUGCAGAAGUACAGCCCAAACGCCUCUGUCUUCCUGCUGGUACACAAGAUGGAUUUGGCGCGGGGGCCGAAGGCGGACACCCUCGCAAGGAAGGGGAAGGAGCUGAAGGAAGCCAGCGGAGAUGUGGAGAUCACGGUGUUUGGCACCAGCAUAUAUGACGAGUCGCUUUACAAUGCGUGGUCAAGAAUAGUGCAUACACUCAUCCCGAAUGCCUCCGUACUCUCCCGACAUCUCGCCAAACUCGCAUCUGCUUGCAGCGCGACAGAAGUGGUGUUGUUCGAGCGAACGACGUUCCUUGUCAUCGCUACAUCCACUCCCGCCCCGCCGCCUCCGACCGCGCCAACGUCCCAACCGAAUGGGAUGGUUUCCGCCACAAAGCCCGAGGACGGUUCGGAUGCCGAGUCAAAUCCGCACCAAAUGGCCCCAACGCGGUACGAGCGCACGUCCGAGCUCAUCAAAGCGUUCAAGUAUUCUUGCUCCAGAGUGCGCGAAGACUUCGUCGCAUUGGAGAUGGAGCUACCGGAGUUCACAGCGGUGCUGGAUGAGUUGACGAAGAACACCUAUGUCCUCAUCGUCGUCCAUGACCCCUCAGUAGAGACGGCUGCCUUGCGACUCAACAUUCGCCUCGCUAGACCGAAAUUUGAAGAGCUCCAGGGGAGCAGUCUCCUGGGUGCAUGA